CUCCCCCACCUCUUAAAACUGCCUAUUUCUUCUUCUUCUUGGUUUGCAAAGCUUCAUCAACAGACUUCCAUGGCGGUUCUACCAACCAACUCUUCAAGAUUGGAUCUCACCAUCUCUGUACCCGGCUUCACUUCAUUCUCAUCAUCACCACUUCCUCCAUCUGCGGUGCGAGAUUUGGACAUGAAUAGAGCGCCGGAUGAAGAGGAAUGGAUGAUGGGAAGCAUGGAGGAAGAUGAAGAAAACAACAGUGGAAGCCAUCCAAGGAAGAAGCUACGUUUAACAAAGGAACAGUCUCAUCUUCUUGAACAAAGCUUCAGACAAAACCAUACCUUAAACCCAAAACAAAAGGAGACUCUUGCGGAAGUGCUGAAGCUGAAGCCAAGGCAGGUUGAGGUUUGGUUUCAGAACCGAAGGGCCAGGAGCAAGCUGAAGCAGACCGAGAUGGAGUGCGAGUAUCUGAAGAGAUGGUUCGGGCUCUUGACGGAGCAAAACAAGAAACUGCAGAAGGAGGUGGAGGAGCUGAGGGCGAUGAAGGUGGCGCCCCCGACGGUGAUUUCACCACACAGCUGCGAGCCGCUGCCGGCGUCGAACCUCACAAUGUGUCCACGCUGCGAGCGCGUGACCACUACCACCCUCGACAAGACCCGCAUUGUCGUUUAAGCUGGUCGGCCGCUGCCCAUUAUUGCCUUUUUUU